AUGUACCGUGAGAGUUUGCUUGGCGUUGCCCUCGCGUCAACGCUGGCGGAGUUGGGGUCUGUGUGUCACCUAACUGAGGGGCAGAAGGAACAGCUGUGGGACAUCUUCGAUGCAGCCAUGGAUCGCACUCUGGCAGAUGUGCCGGUGAUGUCACAGGUGCGUGUGUUCGCACCACCUCCGUCGCUCCUCGCCGAGAGCAGUGACAGCGGCUGUGGUGGCGGCGAUGCGGCGCCACUUUCGACGACGCCGAAGCGCAUGAUGUUUCCUGCUCCCACCGCCCCGCCUGCAGCUGAGGCAUCGGUGGUGCCGCGUUGUAAUGUGGUGGACGACGGCACAACAUAUCCUGUUUACCGUGCGCACGAUGGGAUGUGGACGAUUCUCCUCAAGGGGCCAACUGUGGAGGUGAAAGACGGCAGUGGCUGCAGUGAGACAAUCCACCUGGACUACCUCAAGGUGCAUCUCAAAGAUGUUGCAGCGACAGAAACUGCGGGAGCAACUUCAUCAACUUCAAUGGUAGCGACAGGGAAGAAAAGGCGGCGUUAG